CGCGUUUUAGUUCUUUUCUCCGCGUCGGAGCUUCCUUCACCCUUCGGAAAUCCAAUUUUAAUAAUUUUCUUUCAACUCUUUUUUUUUGUCCUUAUCUGUUGUGUUGUUCUGCCUGAAUCGGGCAGCUAUGCACUUCUCUCUCUCUCUUCUUCUCCUUCUCUUCGCCACCGUCAAAUUCGCGACACAACAGACAUUCUCUCGCCACACAAAGAAGAACAACACCAAAGCCCCAAGUGUCAAGUUUGUAGCUUUCAAGCUCGAUUCAUGACUUGGCUCUGAAAGAUUGUUUCUUUACUAAAAGGGUACUUAAAGAUUCGAGAUUGCUCCAAGUUCUAAGAAGCUCCUUUAAUGGCGUCUAGAGAAGGAAAGAGACGUACACAUCAAGAUCAUGAGCACCUUGUCCCUCUUGCUGCUCUGUUAAGCAGAGAGACCAGAGCUGCUAAGAUGGAGAAACCAAUUAUUAGAUACGGAGAAGCUGCUCAAUCUAGGAAAGGCGAAGAUUACUUCUUGAUCAACACUGAUACUCUUCGUGUCCCUUCCAACUCUUCAACUUCUUUCUCUGUCUUUGCGAUAUUUGAUGGGCACAAUGGGAAAGCUGCAGCUGUGUUCACAAGGGAGAAUCUUUUAAACCAUGUUCUUAGUGCACUUCCACGUGGGCUUAGCCGUGACGAGUGGCUUCAAGCUUUGCCUCGUGCGUUGGUUUCUGGAUUCGUGAAGACUGACAAGGAGUUUCAGAGCAGAGGAGAAACUUCUGGAACAACAGCAACGUUUGUGAUAGUAGAUGGAUGGACUGUGACUGUUGCUUGUGUUGGUGACUCACGCUGUGUCUUGGACACUUCAGGCGGUUCUGUUUCUAAUCUCACUGUGGAUCACAGGCUUGAAGAUAAUAAAGAAGAGAGAGAAAGGGUGACAGCUAGUGGUGGAGAAGUUGGAAGGCUAAGCAUUGUUGGAGGCGUUGAGAUUGGUCCUCUAAGGUGUUGGCCUGGAGGUCUCUGUCUUUCAAGGUCUAUUGGUGAUAUGGAUGUUGGAGAGUUCAUUGUUCCUGUUCCUUUUGUAAAGCAAGUGAAGCUAUCAAAACUUGGAGGAAGGCUUAUUAUAGCCUCUGAUGGGAUAUGGGACGCUCUCUCCUCGGAAGCUGCAGCUAAAGCUUGCCGUGGGUUACCUGCUGAGCUUGCUGCUAGACAAGUAGUUAAGGAAGCACUGAGAAGAAGGGGACUCAAGGAUGACACAACCUGCAUUGUGGUGGACAUAAUCCCACCAGACAACACUCAAGAACCAUCAACUACUUCUCCUAAGAAACACAACAACUUCUUCAGAUCUUUACUCUUUAGAAAGAAAUCAAACUCAUCUAACCAACUCUCCAAGAAACUCUCAACUGUCAGCAUCGUUGAAGAGCUUUUCGAAGAAGGCUCUGCAAUGCUAGCUGAAAGGUUAGGAUCAGGUGAUUGUUCUAAGGAAUCAAGAACAGGAGGAGGGAUAUUCACGUGUGCUAUAUGUCAACUAGACUUGGCUCCAAGUGAAGGCAUAUCGGUCCAUGCGGGUUCGAUCUUCUCCACGAGUUUAAAGCCGUGGAAAGGACCGUUCUUAUGCACAGAUUGUCGUGACAAGAAGGAAGCAAUGGAAGGGAAACGCCCAAGUGGUGUUAAAGUCAUCUAAAGAUUGAAUAUGGUAUCUACUUCCACUUGUCAUACACACAAGUCUCUCUAUUCAUUCAUUGUAAUUCUUUCUUCAUUUGUUCUUUUUUUAAUUUCAUCCAUUGGAAUAAAUUUGAGUUCAGUGUCGGAUAUAGUUGUAUUGAUUGGAUUUGAUUGGUAUACGGUUUGAAAAGCUUGUGUUCACAGUGGCCAUAGAAAAGAUUUGAUAUUUUCAUCUAAUGAUGGUAAUAUACGUAACUUGUCAACUAGAGUUUCUAGACCUUUAUCAACAUU